AGCGAAGGGUUAAUAUUAGGUUUACUGUACGUAUCCGGGACUGUGUCUAUAGGCUGCGCCUCUCUCUCAGUCAAUGAAGGGUUAAUGUUACUGUACAGAUCCAGGACUGUCUAUAGGCUGCUCGUGUCCACUCGCUCGGUUACUCGCCGCAUGCUACUCUACUUUCCUCAUUCCCUCAGCGGGCACCAGAGAAGAGCGCGGCACCUGCUCUGCGGUCUCUUUCCAGCAUGGAUGCGCUGAAAUCCGCCGGGAGAGCAAUAAUAAAAAGUCCAGGAGUUCCGCGGCACACAUGGGGAACGUCCAAGCAUGAAAAGCUGCCAGAGAACUGGACAGACACCAAAGAGACGCUCCUGGAAGGGAUGGUGUUCAAUGUGAAGUAUCUGGGCAUGACUCUGGUUGGUCAACCUAAAGGAGAAGAAAUGGCAGCGGCUGCCAUCAGGAGGAUUGUAACUACGGCUCGGGCCAGUGCAAAGAAGUUUCGGAAAGUGACCCUCACUGUUUCCCCCAAAGGAAUCAUCAUCGCAGACACAGAGACUAAUGACCUCGUUGAGGACGUGUCCAUUUACAGAAUAUCUUACUGCACAACAGAUAAAACUCAGGAUAAGGUCUUCGCCUACGUCUCCCAAAGCCAGUUCAAUGAAACUCUGGAGUGCCAUGCCUUCCUGUGCCAAAAAAAGAAAAUAGCUCAAGCUGUGACUCUGACAGUUGCACAAGCAUUUAAAAUAGCUCUGGAUCUGUGGGAGAUCGCACAGGAAGACAAAGGCAAGAAAGGUCGCACAUGCUUCUCCUUUUCAGAUCCUGAAUCUCAGCCUGAAUCAGAGCCAAAGAGUGUCACAGAAGAGGAGAAGGCUCAGGCUCUGAUGGAGCACAAACCGAGGAAGCCCUUCUUCCCCUCCUUCCUUUCUCCAUCUCCACGCAGUAGCAACAGGAGACGGCCAAUCAAACAUGACUCCUGGGAUGCAGAAGAUGGCCUCGAUGAUGCCUUCUCAAGCAGUAUGGAGGUGGAGGAGAUGGACGCAGGUAAGUGAGAUUGGCCACGUCCCGCAGCAGAACCCUGUCUGAAGAUGCAGCUGUGAGUCCAGCAGAAGAUCUCCUGUCCUUCAGCAGUGACGACUCAGACUGAACACACACGCACGCGCACACACACAUACACUUUCACCAGCCUGUCAGAAAGAGUCCUGAACACACAACACAUACUGUAAUGUGCAGCUAAUGCCUCAGUGAUGGACUCAUUCACAGCACUGCCACUGAAAACAGCAAACAGCACCACAAAACAGCAGCACAGAUGAGCAUGAUUCAGAAACACAGUAAAACUCUGGAUCUUACAUUAUAAUACUGUAAAUUCAGGGUAGUUACAUGAUGAAACAACAUGUAUGAAACUGCAUGUUCUAUAAAUUAUACUCAAGCAUUUGUGUAAUUGAAUAUAAUGUAAAAAGUGUAAAUCUUUUCAACACAUUGGUGCUAUAUUGUAGAUACUUGGGUUAUUAAAAUACGUACUUGAAAAGAAGACCAAAUGUUCACAGAAAUGCACACAAAACAUUCAGCACAGCAUUCUUCAAGACUCCCACAGCCAUUAUUUUAAUGCCAGAUCACUUUGGUCCUCUCAGUCGAACGCUUUACACUAAGCAAAGCCACGGCAAAGCUCUCUGGUGAGUGUUUAAACAUCAGAGGAUGAACUGUAAGUGUUAAAGACCUUAAUAUGAGCAUUUACAGACUCUACUGUUGUCCAGGACUUCAAUUUGGAACCCUAUUUUUAGAUACGUGUCAGGAUUUUUAGAGCACACUUAACCCUGGGUUAUCAUCACUUUAAACCCCGCGUUUAAACUUCACUAAGCAUUCACAUUUGUGUGUGAAUUGUCUGUUUCCAAACUUUUUUACAAAUAAGUAUUCACCGAAAAUAUUUAUUCCUGAAUGAACCUUGAUUUGCCUGUUUGUUGGAGUGCAAAUUGGCAGGACUAUAGCUGUGUCCAAAAUCACCCCUAUAGCCUUAAACUAAAGUUAAAUUCACAUGUUUUUACUGUACAUCAUGACAUAAAUCUAAGUAAGUUUAGUUUGAAAUAAACAAAUAUACACUGACUCUUUGUUUUUAAAGAGAAAGAUAGUGAAACAUUGAAAACAGUGUUAAACAAUGUUUAAGAUGGAGCGAUAGUGUAUAAAGUGAUUUUUUUUUCCAUGUUUAUAGGCUGAAAAUUAAAUUCAAUCAGCAGUACGUUAACAGUCAAGUCAAAGACUCACAUAACAAAUACGCAAUAAUAAAAACAUUAACCCAGGUUUUAAGAUUGUAGUGUGAAGCCUCAGUGUAUGAAUACACAGUAUUAAUUAUAGACUGGAGCUCUGCACAAGACCUUUGGUCAUAGGAGAAAUGGUCAUGCCCAACUGAGCCUGGUUUCUCUCGAAAUUUUUUGAUUCUUCACUUUUGCCAAUUGGUGAAGUUUUUU